AUGGUGUCGAAGCGAAUUGCUUCUACGGCCAAGGGCAGAGCAACGCGCCCCGACUCGCCCUCGUCUUCCUAUUCCGACCGCGAGCCCGAGUCCGACGGGGAUGACUACGUCGCUGAAAAAGGCGGUCGAAAUGGCAAGACGGCGACGAAUAGAAAGCGCAAGGCGGACGCCGAUGGUGCGAGCCAAGGCAAGAAGAGUAAAGGGAAAUCGCUGGCGUUGUCUAUCGACGUGCUCCAGCCGGGUGUGACGUCGCUUCGACCCACAGCACCGCCCUUGCGAAGGCAUGCAGCGUCGUACCACCGGCCCCUUCUGCUGGACUGCUCAGCGACAAGCGCGAUGACUGGGGGGGCCGCGAGAGAUGCGCUCUUGCAGUGGUUCGACCGCAUCAGUACCGAGCGAAAGAUGCCGUGGAGAAAGCGCUGGAUCGAUCCCGCCGAGUACGACGGGCAAGGGCCGGCACUGGAGGAGGCUCUCAAGAAGCGCGCAUAUGAGGUCUGGAUCAGCGAGAUCAUGCUGCAACAGACCAGGGUGUCGACUGUUAUUGACUACUGGAACCGGUGGAUGGCGCGCUGGCCCACGAUCCACGACUUGGCCAGUGCCAAUCCCGAGGAUGUUCUUUCGGCAUGGCGGGGCUUGGGCUACUACAGCCGAGCUUCUCGCAUCCACGCAGCUGCACAAAAGGUCGUCAAUGACCCGGCGCGCAACGGUCUGCUCCCUCGACACGUCGACGAGCUGCAAAAGGAGGUGCCGGGUGUAGGCAGAUACACGGCCGGCGCCAUCUCGAGCAUCGUCUUUGGUGAGCCGGCGCCCAUGCUGGACGGCAAUGUGGUCCGGGUCCUCUCCCGGCAGCUCGGCAUAUACGCCGACACAAAGUCGUCGAAGCACGUCGUCGACUCGCUCUGGACGGCUGCUGAGCAGCUCGUGGGAGCCGUGGCAGGUGACGCUGACGACAACAGUAGCACCAAGGGCCCGAGCGAUCGUCCUGGCCGAUGGGGUCAAGCUCUGAUGGAGCUCGGAAGCACCGUCUGCACACCGAAACCGUCGUGCGGGCAGUGCCCUAUCCAGGGAAGCUGCCGUGCCUAUGGCGAAGGGGAGGCUCUGGCACUUCGACAAGGAGCCCUGAAGGACACGCAGGCGAUACACAGUCACAAGCCCACGGAUGCAUCGGCUACGGACAUUGACGAUGUGGAGGAUCUCUGCAAGAUCUGCGAGCCGCUCGAGGUCGUGGAGGACGAGUCUUUGGUCAAAGCAGACGUCGAAGAGGAGGAAGACGGCGAAAGAAAGCAGAUGUCACUGGCUUCCUUCUCGUUUACGGCAAACGCCAAAGAGGGACAAGGGCGAACGAAGGAGAAGGGCGGUCCCAAGGCUCUGAGCCAGCGGGCGCUCGACAUCAUCGAAGCCCACGUCCGGCAGUUUCCCAUGCGCGUGGCCAAAAAAGCCAUUCGACAGGAGGAGGCCAUCGUCAUCGCGCUCCGUCGCCGUCGACUUUCAUCUCUUUCUUCUCGUGGGGGCACUUCGCAAGGAUGGGAGUGGAAGCUGCACCAGCGGCCUCCAAAGGGCCUCUUGGCCGACAUGUGGGAGAUGCCGAGCAAGACCAUCGACGAACCCGGCGAGAGGGCAAAGACGGCAGCUCAGAGAAAGACGCUGGCCCUCGACUUUGUAGACGAGCUGAAGCGCAGAGGCGUGGCGGCUAAGCUCAAGCGCGAGAUGGGGAGCGUGCCCUGGGUGUUUAGCCAUCUCAAGCUCACCAUGCACGUCUUCCUCGUCGAGGUGGAGGGCGAAGAGGGGGAAGAGAAGGAAGAGAAGGAGGAGGAAGGAGAAGAGAGCAGCACGGAGCGGAAGAGGAAGCGGUGGGCAUCGACAGCGCAGGUCGAGGGGGAGAAUAUGGGCACGGGAAUGAGGCACUGCUGGGCACUGGUGAAAGGUGUAGAUUGA